AUGGUUUUAGCAGAUCUUGGACGUCGUAUUAAUGCGGCGGUGAACUCGCUAACGUCGCAGAGCGUAGUGGAUCAGACAGCUCUGGAUGCUAUGUUAAAGGAGAUUUGUACAGCUUUAUUGGAAUCCGAUGUCAAUGUCCGUUUAGUUGGCCAGCUCAGAAACAGUAUUCGAGCCAAGGUGGCCAGUGCUCUUAAUAAAGAAGAAAAAGAGUCUGGUAGUAAUGCAAAUGCUAUUAAGAGACUUGUUCAAAAGACAGUUUUUGAUGAACUUUGUGAACUUGUCGAAGCACAUCCAACUGAUGAACAGUUCAAGCCAAAGAAGGGCCGUAGCAAUGUGAUUAUGUUUGUUGGUCUUCAGGGUGCUGGUAAAACAACUUCGUGUACAAAGUUAGCUGUAUACUACCAAAGAAGAGGACUUCGAGUAGGUCUUGUAUGUGCAGAUACAUUCCGUGCUGGUGCAUUUGACCAGCUGAAACAGAAUGCCACCAAGGCCAAGAUCCCAUACUACGGUUCAUACACAGAGCCCGAUCCAGUUAAAGUUUCCCGGGAUGGUGUAGAAAAGUUCAAAAAGGAAAAGUUCGACUUGAUCAUCGUUGAUACUUCAGGUCGUCAUCGCCAAGAACAGGAGCUGUUUGCUGAGAUGGUCCAGAUUGGCGAGGCAGUCAAGCCAGAUCAGACUCUUAUGGUACUAGACGCUUCGAUUGGUCAGGCUGCUGAACAACAAAGUAAAGCGUUUAAAGAAGCAUCUAACUUCGGUGCGAUUGUUCUCACGAAAAUGGAUGGUCAUGCCAAAGGUGGUGGUGCCAUUUCUGCUGUAGCUGCUACCAACACACCAAUUGCAUUUAUUGGUACCGGAGAGCAUGUUCACGAUUUUGAGACAUUUUCUCCUAAACAAUUUGUGUCGAAACUUCUUGGUAUCGGUGAUAUCCAAGGACUCAUGGAGCAUGUGUCGACGCUGAAACUCGACCAGAAAGAUACUAUCAAGCACAUUCAACAAGGUAUUUUCACACUACGGGAUUUACGUGACCAGAUGAGUAACAUCAUGAAAAUGGGUCCUCUAUCCAAAGUAGCUAGCAUGAUUCCCGGUAUGAGCCAGCUGGCAGAUCAGAUUGGAGAAGAAGAUUCGACUAAACGACUCAAGACAAUGAUAUAUAUUAUGGACUCGAUGACUGAAAAGGAGCUUGAUUCCGACGGGUCGCCAUUUGCUGACCAGCCUUCACGUAUUGUCAGAGUUGCUAGAGGUAGUGGAACAUCUGUUCGAGAGGUUGAAGAGGUGCUUUACCAGCAAAAGAUGAUGGCGGCCAUGGCCAAGAAGAUGGGAGGAAAGGGCGGUAUGAUGAGCCGAAUGCAACAAAUGCAAGGUGCUGGCGGUCCUAAUCCCGCCCAGAUCCAAGCUGCUCAACGUCGUCUGGCCUCAAUGGGUAUGGGAGGGGGUGCUGGAGGCAUGCCCGACAUGUCGCAACUGGCUGGCAUGUUUGGACAGGGUGGUAUGCCCGAUAUGGGCGAGAUGAUGAAAAUGGUCGGAUCCAACCCCAACCUCCAAAACAUGAUGAAGAGCUUCGGAUUGAAAUAA